AUGCCAAAAUCAAAGCGACCGCCAACUUCGGGUUAUGCCCGAAUAGCCCAAGCCGAGGAAGAAGACGACUCCGGCAGCGACUUCGAGGGCGACCACCACCAGAAUCCCCUGUCCAACGCGCAAUAUGCACCAAUACAACCGCAACGGAACUCGAAUAUGCGCAUGAAUGGCUCAGGCGCGAGUUCACCGAAUCACAGAAAGGGCCCGUCGGGGCGACGGCAACGUGCCAAUUCUGGCGUGGACAUAAAGGCCAUCAAUGCGCGAUUUGAGCGAUGGGCCGACGAGAUUGCGCAAAAGUUCAAGAUCAAGAAGCAGAAAGACUCGGCAGACGAGGAGGCGCUCGAGAUCCAUCACUCGGUCUUCCAGGCGCCAGACUGGGUGCGACCGGCAACAGCAGAGUCGCUCACAUUCGACUACGACGUGCCCUCCGACCGCUUGACGAAGCUCGAAUUCGACGAUAUCGUGGAAAGCGUCAGGACGGCCAUCGAGAUGGAUGUACAUCCCUUGUUGAUUACACAGGGCAGUUCAGGCAGCUACUUCGCGCGCACCACACAGGGCAAGGUGGUGGGCGUGUUCAAGCCUAAAGAUGAAGAGCCCUACGCGUCGCGCAACCCCAAAUGGACCAAGUGGAUACAUCGCAACUUGUUUCCGUUCUUCUUCGGUCGCGCCUGCCUUAUUCCCAACCUCUCCUACAUCUCCGAAGCCGCCGCAUACGUCCUCGAUACCCAGCUGCGCACCAACCUCGUACCCUACACCGACGUCGUCGGUCUGUCCUCGAAAUCCUUCCACUACGACUUUUGGGAUCGCCGCGCAUACUACAGGAAAAGGAAGCCAUUUCCCGAAAAGCUUGGGAGUUUCCAGGUGUUCCUGAAGGGCUUCAAAGACGCGAAUAUCUUCCUCAAGGAGAACCCGUGGCCAGAUCAGCAUAACACAAACCACAAUGCGGACAGGGCGGCACAGAAGAAGAAGCGGAGAUGGGCUGAAGACUGCAGACCGAAUGGUUCGCAGUCAGACGGCGAGGACGAGGACGAACAAUCUGGCAAUGGAGAUGCGCAGCAUCAACGGAGAGGCUUCUGGACGCCUGCGAUCCAACAGUCAUUCAGAGAGCAGUUGGAGAAACUGGUCAUCCUCGACUACAUCAUGCGGAACACCGACAGAGGCCUAGACAACUGGAUGAUCAAGAUUGACCAGAAGACGCAGCAGGCCUCCAUCGUCGCAGAACCGCCCAAGAUGGAGCGCGAUGAUGACGAGGGGGACCAUCAACCGAGCUCCUACACGAGGCAAUCGAUGGAGGAAUCUGACCCGUACGGGCGAAGGGAACCCAUGACCACGACUAGCCGGUCGAACACACCCAUGCAGAGUGGGCCGACACCCACAGUGACCAUCGGUGCCAUUGACAACAGUUUGUCGUGGCCCUGGAAGCACCCUGAUGCUUGGCGCAGCUAUCCCUUUGGAUGGCUCUUUCUACCCGUCUCGCUCAUCGGCCAGCCCUUCUCCGAAGCCACCCGCCGCCACUUCCUUCCCCUCCUCACCUCGAAACAAUGGUGGAGCGACACACAAUCGGCACUCCGAAAGUGCUUCUCACAAGAUGCCGAUUUCAAGGAGCGCAUGUAUGCGAAACAGAUCGCGGUCAUGAAGGGACAGGCUUGGAAUGUGGUGGAGACACUGAAGACACCGGAUCUUGGGCCGCUUGAGCUCACGAGAAGGGCACGUGUAUGUGUCUGGGAUGACAUUGUCGAGAUACCCAUCGCUGUGCCGCUGAGAGCUCCGUCUGCGGAGAUGCGGAGGAAACAGCCACCGGGCAGACAGCCAAGGGUGGAGGAAGAACAUGAAGAAAUGGAUAUCACAGCUGUCUCAACGCCGCCACAGAAGCCCCAGAAAGAUCUCCUCAUGAACUCGCCACCCCUCGAGUCCGCACACGAGAAUCGCUUCAACCUCACGCGCGGCUCAUCCUCUCUCGACGUACGACGUCCUGACCAAGGCCCAGAAUCACCAGCGACCGUAAGCGACGUGUACUGGGGUUCGCGCAAUUUGAACAGUCACUCAAAUGGCCGGCCUCCGCAUCAGUCACGCAUGAGUUACGAUGCGCCUCGCCGAAACACGCGCGACUCGCGACACCAUAGGCGACACUCCUUGACCCAUAGGAGGGACCUUGAUGAUUAUGGCUUUGACGACGACGGCGAUCUAGGAUACGCUGCAAACGAAGAUAUGGAAGGUAACAGGAAAAAGGUCAUCGUAGAACGUUUGGAGAUGGUCAAGGGGCGGAACCCGGUGUUUACCUGGUGUUGA